AUGAAUGACAUUGUCGUCGCAUGCGUCGAACGUGAUGCACAGCGGAUCGAACUCGGUACGUAUGUAACAUAGCAACUCUAAUUUCGUUCUGAAAAUUCGAAUUAUUAGAUCCAGGUGUGAUACAGUGUUCGUACAAGCGUAAUUGAUUUACACGACCAUAGCAACAAGCAUAGCAACGAGCGAUUGAUCACAUUUGACACCUCGACUCGAGAAGAACUCGAGUAGCAGCAAGAACAAAAGUAACAGCUCGAAUUCAAGCGUACCAAAGUUAAAAAGAGCACAAAUUCUACAGAUGUCUCAACACUGGCACGGUCAUUGGACAGAGAUUACGUUUGCCCCCCAAAAAUUACGGAACUGGGAAGUGCCUAAGUGGUAUCCCAGCUGGCCAGACAGGCACUGUGUGACUACGAAAUUUAUUGCGGACGAUAAUGGACAUCUACUAGACAGCGCUAAGAAGAUCAAAGACUCAUCAUGGGGAGCGUAUAAAGGCACGUGGGAUUUGCCAAAGAAAAUUACCCGAAGCAUGGCCCAGGAAUUAUCGGCGACUCCUCGGUACAAGAAAGACGUGUGGGAGCUGCACAGGGAGAAACAUCAGAAUCUGUGCAAGAAAGUAGAGUCGGCGAGGAGGAAAAAGAAGACGAAGGAGGUCACCGAUCCGUCGAAAGACCCAGCGGAAAGAGAUCAAGCGGAUAUCCAGGGAUCUCGCGCCGAACAGGACAGAGAAGAUAAGAGCGAAUCCCCAUAGACGACCGUGCUUCCCGCUUCGUACCCCGUGAGCCGGAAGAGGUGCAUGUUUGCGCGAUGAUACUGUUUCAUGGCGGGACUCCACGGAUAAACCUCGUUCAUAGUGGAUUUCCGCCAAAUCAAAAU